AUGCAGAAAGAAUUCCAAGAUCUAUGGAAGGCUGCCCAGGGACCCUGGGAGUCAGGCGUUCUCCCUAGUGCUGAGAGCUUGGCGCGAGCUAGAGCUUCUCUCCCCUCGACACUUCCAGAUACAGGAUCUAGUCUCGAAUCUGUGCAGCGACACAUUUCCGAUGAUAUUGUCCCGGCAUUCAACGGAGGAAGUCUAAGUGCCAACUACUACGGCUUCGUAACUGGUGGAACCACCCCGGCAGCACUCUUUGCGGACAACGUUGUAUCUGCCUACGACCAGAACGUCCAGGUGCAUCUCCCAAAUCACUCGAUUGUGACCGAUGUGGAGUACAACGCGAUUGGUCUCCUUUUGGAUCUCUUCCGACUAGAUCGUUCUAUCUGGUAUAAUGGAACGUUCACUACUGGCGCUACAGGAAGCAAUAUCCUUGGCAUAGCAUGUGGUCGCGAGUUUGUUUUGCAAAAGGCGGCGGAGAGGAAAGGCUGUCACCUCCAGAGUGUUGGCGAAGAGGGCCUAUUUGAGGUAUUGAAUGCACUAGGUCUUUCCGGGGUGCAAGUAUUAUCAACACUGCCACACUCGUCCCUCGUGAAAGCUGCUGGUGUGUUAGGCAUCGGUCGUUCCAAUGUACACAACAUAUGCCGAGCCGACGACCCGCUCCGCUUUGAUAUUGAUAAGCUUCAGAAAGAACUUGCGAGAACUGACAAAGUCAGUAUUGUCGCCAUAUCUUGCGGGGAGGUUAAUACUGGCCGUUUUGCAACAAGCGGUGCGGAUUUGAGAGAAAUUCGCCAGUUGUGUGACAAGUACGGAGCCUGGAUGCAUGCUGAUGGAGCAUUUGGAAUCUUUGGCCGCCUUCUUGAUGAGAGCCCGGAGUUUGCAACAAUUAAGAAGGGUUGUGAAGGAAUAGAAUUGGUCGACUCAAUUGCCGGUGAUGGCCACAAGCUUCUCAACGUUCCCUACGACUGUGGCUUUUUCUUUACUCGCCACCCGAAUGUGGCAUCGCAGGUAUUCCAAAAUGCAAAUGCAGCCUACUUGGCUUCUGGAAACUCCGAUGGCCCUUCCAUCCCCUCGCCUUUGAACAUUGGCAUGGAAAACUCUCGACGAUUCAGAGCGUUGCCGGUUUAUGCAUCGCUAUUGUCAUACGGCAAGUCUGGAUAUCAAGAAAUGCUGGAGCGUCAAAUAAGACUUGCCCGGAAAAUUUACGGAUGGAUCUUCGAGCAUUCUAGGUAUACAGCUUUGCCAGAAGCACUGUCCAAAUCUGGACUACUCGAUCAGGCGUUUAUGGUUGUUUUGUUUCGAGCGAACGAUGAGGGCUUGAACCGCGAGCUAGGGAACAAAAUCAACGAAAGCUCGCGAAUGUUCGUCUCGGGUACUAGCUGGGAUGGAUCUCCUGCUUGCCGUAUUGCAAUCUCAAACUGGCGUGUCGAUGUGGAGCGAGACUUUGCACUGGUGACAGACGUGUUGGCAAAGGUUGCCCAGAGCUAG